AUGAGUUCUCGUGGUCCUAUGCGCCUUUCAAAACAUAGUUCUCAUCCUCAACAACAACAACAACAAUCACAACCACCGCCUCAGUUCUAUCAACCUACAGCUCCCAAUCCUCAAUCACAAGCACCUACAUCGUAUGGAGGCGAUUUUACGGUACCUCAAGCACAAGUACCUAUGUCGUAUGCAGCCGAUUAUAAUAUGUCUCAACCACAAGCACCUUUGUCCUAUGCAGCCGACUAUAACAUGUCUCAACCACAAGCACCUUUAUCCUAUGCAGCCGAUUAUAACAUGCCUCAACCACAGGCACCUUCGUCUUAUGCAGCGGAUUAUAACAUGCCUCAACCACAAGCAAUGCCUUCAAAUAAUGCAUUCUUCUCUCCACAAACUGCUUUUUAUGCUCCACCAUCUCAACAACAAAUGUUUUCUAAUCAAGGCAUGCCUGGAAUGGAAUAUAUUUCAAACAAUCCACUUUUUAAUGUUGGUUUAAAUGUUGUUGAACAAGGCAUGAAAGACAUAACAGGAAAAACUGUUAAUAUGUUACCAAAUGAAAUGAAAAAAUCUUUAUCAUCAAUAAAAUAUUAUUUUGCUGUUGAUCAAACUUAUGUUCUAAAAAAACUUUGUUUACUUUUAUUUCCAUUUCGACCACGAAAAUGGUCGCUAGAAUAUAGUGCUGAUGAACCUGUACCACCACGUGUUGAUUCAAAUGCACCGGAUUAUUAUAUUCCACUAAUGAGUGCUAUAACAUAUGUUCUUGUAGCUGGUCUUGUUCUUGGUAUACAGGAAAGGUUUACACCUGAACAAUUGGGCAUGCAUGCAUCGUCUGCUCUUGUAUGGAAUAUAAUCGAAAUUUGUGUUCUAUGUUUUACAUUUUACAUUUUUAAUGUUCAAUCAAAAUUACGUACACUUGAUUUAAUUGCUUAUUGUGGUUAUAAAUAUGUUGGAAUGAUUGUUGCAUUAUCAUCGUAUUUAAUAACUCAUUCGUUAUUCGUUUAUCAUUGUUCUCUACUUUAUGUUAGUCUAUCACUAGCUUAUUUUCUUGUUAAAUGUCUUCGUUUACAAAUCUUAUCUGAUACAAGUGGAUCUCAACAAUAUGGUUCCAGUGGAAAUAAACGUCGUAUAUAUUUACUUCUACUUAUUGUUAUUCUUCAACCAUUAUUUAUCUGGUAUUUAACACAACAUUUAAUUAUUCAUUAA